GGCGUCUGUCUAUUCUCGCGAUAUCGUAAGUGAGUCUCUCUCCUCUCGUCAGCAUGGCUGCCUUGUAUGAGGGAUACACGUUGUUCGGACUUGUUCAAAGUCAAAUUUCCUCUCAUUUAGGAAUUCGAGGCAUUGAACAGGAACGUGACGAUGACCAUGUCGUCGUCACAGACUCAACCAGAUCUGUCACAUUGUACAAGGUAUCAGACCAGAAGCCACUGGGCAGCUGGACUGUAAAACAAGGCCAGACACUGACCUGUCCUGCAGUCUACAACUUCCAGUCCAAGGAAUAUGUUGCCAUCUCAGACAAGAGGGUUAUCAGAAUUUGGAAGGAAGGAGAUGUACUCUUGGAUAAGACAUUCAAAGCCACGGUGUCAUCAGAUAUCUGGAGAGUCCAGUCUGCACCUGAACAAGAGCCUGUUGUUCUGUUUGAGAGAGGAGCAGUGAGAAUGCUGGACUUGCUGCUUUCCGAUCCCCAGCAGUCCAUAGAGGAAGUCCUUGAUCAAGACGAGCUCAUUAGGUGGAACACUGUUAUCUUGGCAGAGUCGAGACAGUUUGUUAUCUUCACGACUGAACAGAAGGGGAAACAUUUCCUCUACCUGCAGAGGCUGAAUCCUAACACGCUGCAGAGGUACCAGCUGGAGAGAGAAGAGUCCGGUCUUGCCCCGCUCAGCUGCUGUGCCUCCUACAGGGAACAGAACAUUUGCCUGCUUUAUCUUUAUCCUAAUGGUCAUCUAUACCAAAGCGUUGUCUCGACGAGGGGCUGGGGAACUGAAGAUGGACGUCAGGUCCUUCCACUUCCCCGCAGACUGCUAUUGUCCCUUUCUGUGGGUGAAGGUCCACUGGAGGCAGCAUCUGCCCUUGAACUAGAUGAAGCCCAUGUAGCUGUUGUAGGGGUUCCACACCCUUCAGCUGGAACUGGAAAAGAUUUUCUUUGCAUCUGGAAUACCAACUUCCAGACACUUCAGGCUGCAAAAGAGAUGGGGGGUAAAAUCUAUGGGCAGCUCUGGUGCUUUUUCAACAAAUUAUUCAUUCCACAUGGAAAAACCCUUUCUGUCAUACCAUUUGUGUGUCCCAAAUCUUCUCUGGCCUCUGCGCUGGGAAAACUAAAACAGGCCAAAUCUGAAGAGUCAAAAUCUCCAGCUUCUGUACCGUCUUGGAACAGUAUUUUGCAUGGAGAAAAGGUCCAGCCCUCUAGACCACAGGAGACCAAGAAGAGACUAACUCGUAAGACUCAGUCAACAACAUGCUUAACAACUGACCAGGUGCUGGAGCUCAUUAAGACAGCCUCAGCAGAAGACGUGCAGAGAGAAGUAGAGGGGGUUCUGACUAGAUCAGACGCCCAGAACCUGCAACAGUCCGUCAGUCUUUUUGUGUCGGCCCUUGUGUCACGUAGUCUGGAGGAAUCGAGCUUCUACACGCCGAGCACCCUGGCUAGACUUGUGCACACCCAGUGUAUGAGCCACAGUGUGUGUCCUGAACUUUUACUCCUGGCCCUGGAGAGGAAGGAUUACUUCCUGUGUCAGCUCUGCCUGCAAUUCUUCCCUGACAUCCCUGAGGCUGUCACCUGUGCCUGUCUUAAGGCCUUUGUCAGUAUGCCUGACACUGAUGCAGAGAAAGUAAGCCUGGAGCCUGACAGUGUCUCCUUCAUGGAGACCCUCAUCUCUGGCAAACACGUUGGAAAUUAUGUACAAAAUGGUUUUAGUCCCAGCCCCUUGGAUGUGGAACACACAGAUGCCCUCAGUGGAGAUGGUGUGGCCAUACAGACCAAAACAAAGGAGGAGGAAACUGCACCAUCAGAGCCGACAUGUCCUGUGGGAUUACACAAGGCCGUCCUACUUAAUGAAGUCUUACAGACUGCAUACAGUGACACUUUUCUUCUCCCGCACUUAAAAGAUCUGUCUUCUGAACAGGUUAUUCUUUUCCUCCAAUACCUCCAGUUCCUCUACCUGAAAUUUUCUCAAGAUGCCCCCACGCAGAUGCACGGACUAAGAUCACCAAGUCUCGCUCAGAUUGUGGAUUGGGUGUGCUUGCUGUUGGAUGCCCAUUUUACAGUAUUGGUAAUGACUCAAGAGGCCAAAGGUUUAAUGCUGAACCUCCACGCCUUUGUAAAGUCACAGGUGCGAUUGGUUUCUGAGCUGGGAAAAAUCGAGGGCAGUCUCCAAGAGAUAAACAAGAUGAAAGUGAAAAAGGAAAUUGGUCAAUACUCCAUUGAAGUAAUCGAGUUGUUUUAGACUGUGUACAGAACACUUUUCAUAAACCUUCGAGCCCAUUAUUCUCAACAGAAUUUCCAGUAUUGUGUCUUGUUUUAUUGGUGCUUUUGGCACUUACACAUUUACUGUUAAGAUAUGAAAAUGUAUGUAAUCAGCAACUUGAGGCUUGCAGGCCAAAUUUGGCCUGCCAAAUCGUCCAAUCAACCCUGCGACUGGAUACAGUCCACACAAAGUCUGGCCAUCCAACAAAUAUUGCUGGUGAUCCCUGACUUAGGGUGUGUUUCAAACCAUGCAGAUGACCUUAGUUGUGUAAUUACCUCACACUGAAUACAUACUGUACAUUGACUUGUCUUCAUAUUCUUGAAAUUUCCAUGAGACACCAGAGCGGUGAUGGUUUUCUUAUUGUUUGGAGUGGGAUGUGGUUAAAAGAGUAGGAGAGUCAAUUGCUGUGUUUUGUAUGUUGUACAUCUUUCACCAGAGAUUCAGUGGCUUUUCACAGAAUGCUUUUGGUAUUGAAUGGUUUAAUAUGAUGACAACGUUGUAUAUCUAUGUGUGGAUUCUGAUGUAUUUUUACAGAAUGAUCAACAUUAAAAAGAAGCAGUGAAACAGA